AUGGACAUAACCAAGGAGAGCUACAAUCCAAAUCCGAGAGAUAAGGCCAAUCCUCUUUCGGUUCUACUGUUCUCUUAUACCUAUGAUAUAUUCAAGAAAGGACACAGGAAAACCUUAGACGUAGAUGACCUGUACAAUCCUAUCGAAAGCGACAGAAGCACAGUACUAGGAGACAGAUUAGAAAGAAAAUGGCUGAACCACGUAGAAGUAUGCAAGAAACGCCAGAAGCAGCCCAAGCUCUUCCACGUCCUGGUAUCGACCUUCUGGCCGGAGUACCUAUACCUGGGCACCAUCUCAGUGUUCAUGGACAUCCUGGUGCGUCUGUCGCAGCCCAUCAUGCUGGGCUACCUGCUCGACUACUUCAAACCGGGACCCAAGACCACCACCAAGAGCGAGGCUAUGUGGUACGCAGGCGCUGUGGUGGGUCUGAACGCUCUCAGCGCCUUGAUGAUCAAUCAGUACAUCAUGAACGCCUUCCAUUAUGGGAUGAAGGUCAGAGCGGCUGUUUGUGCUCUCAUCUAUAGAAAAGCCCUAAGACUUAGUAAAACGGCUCUGGGAGAAACAGCAUCCGGGAAAAUUGUGAAUUUGCUCUCGAACGAUGUCAGUCGCUUCGACGUCGUCUCAAUUUUCAUCCACUAUAUGUGGGUUUCCCCAACAGCUGCCCUAUUCGUCAUGUACUUCCUGUACUCAGAAGCAGGAUAUGCAGGAGUGUUGGGCAUAGUGGCUGUAUUUCUCGUUGUGCCUCUACAGGGUUAUACUGGCAAACUGGCUGCAAUCUACAGAAAACAGACAGCGCUGAAGACAGAUGAACGAGUGAGGAUGAUGGACGAAAUCAUCUCUGGGGUGCAAGUUAUCAAGCUGUACGCCUGGGAGAAACCAUUCGAAAAACUCAUCAAACUAGCCAGAAAAGCCGAAAUCAAAAUCGUCACCAAAUCUUCCUACGUCCGAGGAUUGUACAUGACCUUCAAUUUGUUCACUACUAGAGUAGCUCUGUUCUGUACUUUGCUCACCAUGAUUCUGUCUGAUCAAAAAAUAACAGCUACUAAGGUAUUUGUGUUCAUGUCAUACUUCAAUAUACUAUCCCAAACUAUGUCUUCCAUGUUCGUGCGUGGUAUAUCUGAGGUUGCCGAGCUAUUCGUGGCUGUGAAGAGACUCCAAGACUUCAUGUUGAAUGAGGAGUUCCAAACCAUCUCUGAAAGUCAGAAUAACAACGAUUCCAAGUACCUGGUCAACGAACACGUGGUCAGCCUGAAAAAUAUCACUGUCAAAUGGAACUUGUCCCUCAGCGAUAAUGCUCUGACCAACAUAAAUAUAAAUAUAGAUAGAGGGGGGUUGAUUGGUGUAAUUGGACCUGUUGGCAGUGGAAAAAGUUCCUUGUUGCAAACGUUGUUAGGUGAACUGGAAGUAGUUUCUGGAACGAUUGAAGUGAACGGAACAGUGGCUUACGCUUCACAGGAGCCCUGGGUCUUCGCAGCAACUGUUCGCCAAAACAUCAUUUUCGGAUCCGACUACGACAAAAAACGCUAUAAUGACGUGAUACGAGCUUGCGCUCUGGAAAAGGACUUUUCGCAGUUCCCCAACGGAGAUCAAACCAUCGUUGGGGACAGAGGAGCGUCUCUGAGCGGUGGACAAAAAGCUAGGAUAAAUUUAGCCAGAGCCGUUUACAGGGACGCCGAUAUUUAUCUUCUAGAUGAUCCACUGUCUGCGGUGGACAUCCAUGUUUCCAAGCAUCUGUAUGAUGAAUGCAUCAACGGGUAUUUAGCCAAUAAAACUAGGAUUCUGGUCACCCAUCAAGUUCAUCAUUUGAAAGAUGCAGACAACAUCAUAAUUUUGAACAACGGACAAAUAGAGAAUGAAGGGUCAUUCAAAAAACUAUCCCAAAGUGACAAUAUUUAUGCGAAACUACUAACAAGCGAGAGAGAACCGACUGAUGAAGAGAGACUCAAGCAAGCUGAGACUAAAAUCUCCAGAAAAUUAUCACUCAAAAGCAGUAGAAAGUCUUCCUUGGUCAGCACAGUUAGUGAGCUGAGUCUUCCAGACGCUCUGCUCCAAGAAGACAACGAAGUGGAAGAGGAAGAAGAGGAAGAAAUCAAAAUGAAAGACCUGCAGGAAGAAUCUUCGAAAGGCAAAGUCCACGGAUCUUUAUUCUGGCAAUACCUCAAUGUCGGCGGCAAUAUCUGCCUCGUAUUGACCGUAUUGUUGUUGUUCAUUUUGGCCCAAUUCAUGGCCAGUAGUGUGGAUUACUUCGUCAGCUACUGGGUGAACAUAGAGGAGAUCAGAAGUCCUGUCAAUGUCACCAAUGGAGUCACCAUAGAACCGACUCAUCAUUGGAGUACAGAGACCUGCCUGUACAUAUACGCUGGCGGACUGGGGCUGUUGUUUCUAGUCGCCUUAUCUAGGUCUAUGCUGUUCUAUAAACUUGCCAUGUUGAGUUCGCAGAAGCUGCACAAUAUCAUGUUUAGCAGUGUGAUAGGAGCAACCAUGCGGUUUUUCGAUACGAACCCUAGUGGCAGGAUCUUAAAUAGGUUCUCCAAGGAUAUAGGAGGUGUUGAUGAAUUAUUACCCAAGGCUAUUUUGGAUGCAGGACAGAUACUACUCAUGAUGGUUGGGUCGUUGGUACUCGUAGCGGUUAUCAACCCUUACUUCCUUAUCCUAGUUGCAGCCAUUGGGGUUGUAUUUUUGUCAUUCAGGAACAUCUAUUUAAAGUCGUCGAAAAAUAUCAAACGCCUCGAAGGAAUGAUGAGAAGUCCAGUUUUCACCCACCUCAACGCAACUCUACAAGGCCUAACCACGAUCAGAUCUUUCGGUGCCCAAGACAUCUUGAGAGACGAAUUCGACAAGCACCAAGACAGCCAUACGAGCGCUUGGUUCAUGUACAUAGCCGUCAGUUCAGCGUUUGGCUUCUAUCUGGACGUCCUCUGCUUCAUAUUCAUCACUGUGGUCACCUUCAGCUUCCUCACCUUCGGAGAAUCUCUCGGUCUCCGUGUUGGAGACGUGGGUCUGGCGAUAACGCAAGCGACAGCUUUGACCGGUAUAGUGCAAUGGGGUAUCAGACAAUCAGCCGAGGUUACCAAUCAGCUGAUGUCCGUCGAGAGAGUGCUGGAAUACAAGACCUUGCCCAAGGAGAAACAGCCCGAACAGCCUAAAACUCCUCCAAAAACUUGGCCUCCACAGGGACAAAUCGUCUUCGACAGCAUGGGGUUGAAGUAUGUGGAAGGUGGACCAUUGGUGCUAAGAGAUUUGAAUUUGGUCAUCAAGCCUAAUGAGAAGGUGGGUAUAGUUGGUAGAACAGGUGCAGGCAAAUCAUCCCUUAUUUCUGCGCUCUUCAGACUGGCGAUAGUAGAAGGUGGAGUGAAAAUUGAUGACAUUGACACUAGAGACAUCAAACUUGAGGAAUUGCGCUCGAAGAUAUCCAUCAUACCUCAAGACCCUGUCCUGUUCUCAGGUACCUUGAGGUACAAUUUGGAUCCGUUCGACCAAUACAAAGAUGAUGUUCUGUAUAAGGCUCUGGAAGAAGUCGAGCUCAAAGAUCCUGCGAAUAUCAUCAACAGAUUGGAAAAUAGGGUUAUGGAUAGAGGGUCGAAUUACAGCGUGGGACAGAGGCAGUUGAUAUGUUUGGCGAGGGCUAUCAUCAGGAAUAACAAGAUACUUAUGUUGGAUGAAGCUACUGCUAAUGUUGACCCUCAGACUGACGCUCUAAUUCAAAAGACCAUCCGAAGAAAAUUCGCUGACUGCACUGUUCUGACAGUGGCUCACAGACUGAAUACCAUCAUGGACUCUGACAAGGUCCUAGUCAUGGAUGUCGGUACCAUGGUGGAGUUCGACCAUCCCCAUUUGCUGCUGCAAAACCAACGGGGAGCCUUUUACAAGAUGGUGGUUGAGUCAGGUAGAAACAUGAGUGAUCAGCUGAGGAGGAUAGCCAGGGAGAGUUAUCAGAAACAACAUGCAGUGCCGGAAUAA